AUGGCAGCCUCAGCCCCCGCUCUUCCGGCUCCUAAGGGUUGGCCACAAGGACAGCCAUAUAGUGUGGUCACCAAUAAUGUCUUCCAAGAGUUAGAAAGACAGGGGGUUAUCCUAAAAGAGACCUGCUACUGGGCGCCCAUAGAGGCAUACCACGACAAGGGCGAGUACUUGUGGAUUCCGCAAAAUGAAAUAAUCUGGUGUAUCCCGGGAAGCGAGGGAGAUAUACAGCUGGUGACUGGUUGUACCUUAGCUUUUGCGGGUAUGUUUCAAUCACUUCAGCCUCUGCUGUUCGUGUACCAAAGCCCGACUGGCUGCACAAACGAAGCUAGAUGCGUUACAGCUCUGAUUAAUCACAAUGGUGAUAAGAGCACUCCUAAAAUCUUGGGGUAUGAUAAGGGGAAAGAUUAUGAUAUGUGGAUAGACCUUGACUCGAAUGAUUAUGAUGGACAGGCAGACUUAGGAGGUUUUCCAACUAGGAUCGUCGACCAAUAUGGGUAUAUUACCAGGACUCUUUCAGCCCCUACCAGGAUUUAG